CUUUUCUACUGAUGUCUCCAAGUUCUUGUGGAGCAAGAAAAAAUGAAAGAUGCCCUGAUGAAAGAAACACGCAGACGCAGAGAGGAUUGAAAAGUAGCAGCACACUAUUAGCUUGAUUCGUAGUUCAGUCUGAGCUGGAGAAACGAGAAUGGUGGUGCUUCCCGUGGUGAAGCUGGCAACACUCGCCCUCAAAACCGCCUGCAAACCCAUCGCCAACAGGCUCAAGAAGGAGGCCGGUUACCACCCCAAGUUCCGCAAUUUCAUCAUCGCCAUCGCCCAGGCCAACCACAGGCUGACGACGAGAGUGCAGAGAAGGAUUUACGGCCGUGACACUGGCGUUGCCAUCCGCCCUCUCAACGAGGAGAGGGCUGUGCAAGCGGCGGCGGAUUUGCUUGGAGAGCUCUUUGUGUUCUCGGUUGCAGGAGCUGCCAUCAUCUUUGAGGUGCAAAGAAGUUCAAGAUCAGAAGCUAGAAAGGAAGAACUACGUAAACAGGAGUUACAGUCAAUAAGCAUGAGGAAUGAAGAGUUGGCCAGAGAAAUUCAACUUCUUGCACUGAAGAUCGAAGAGUUGGAACAACAUGCUAGAGGACGAGGACUACUUGGCACUCUUAACAUAAGACACACUGAAGCCUCUGUAGAUAGAAAAUCCAAUUGAUUGUUGCAAUUGUUAAGCAUUGCUCACAGAUUUUCAUGAGCAAACCUUAUCUCUUGGUUUGGCAUGAAGCCUUGUGGCGGUAAAAGAGCUAAAACCAAAUUUUUAGAUGUGGUGAGGGGCUUUAAGGAUUAGUCUUACAUCCAACCUAAGAUAUAAAACAAAAUUGUAAAACACAUUCAUGGCUGUGUUCUUUUAGAAAAUUUCUGUUCCAAGGACAAAUUCUGCCUGCUAACUCAGUUUCAAGUGACAAAUUCAGCCUGCUAAAUACAGUUUCAAGCCUUUGGAAAAUCUA